AACAAAGUUCCAAGCCAACGCUUUGUUUAAACUAAAUCAUAAGAACGAGUCAUUUUCUAUACAAUCAUUAAGAAGAACAUAAACUAUAUAAAAUUUAGACUCGCGAAGUCCACUGCCAAUAAGUUACAGAUACAAACAAGCGGUUUCUGUCAAAAGACUCAAAUCCAGCCAUGAAGGUUAUAUUGAUAACAAGUCCAGGUGAUCCAGAAGUAUUGCAGCUACAAGAAGUGGAAGACCCCAAAAUCAAAGACGAUGAAGUCCUUAUCAAAGUUGAGGCUGCAGCCCUGAACCGUGGUGAUAUCUACCAAAGACAAGGCUUUUACCCUCCACCCCAAAGUGCUAGUCCUUACCCUGGUCUUGAGUGCUCAGGCAUCAUUCAAUCAGUUGGAGAAAAUGUUUCUCGAUGGAAAGUAGGAGAUAAGGUGUGUGCUCUUCUAAGCGGAGGAGGAUAUGCCGAGAAAGUGGCUGUUCCAGCAGGGCAAGUUCUUCCUGUUCCGUCGAGUGUUUCAUUGUCGGAUGCUGCCUCUUUCCCAGAGGUAGCUUGCACAGUCUGGUCAACUGUUUUCAUGAUGAGUCGGCUGUGCGCCGGUGAAACGCUUCUGAUCCAUGGGGGCUCUAGUGGAAUUGGUACAUUUGCCAUUCAGAUUGCAAAGUUCAAAGAAGCAAAAGUUUUUGUCACAGCAGGGGAUGAGCAAAAAUUAGCCUUUUGCAAGGAUCUCGGAGCUGAUGUCUGCAUCAAUUACAAGACAGAGGACUUUGUAGCCAGGGUAAAGGAAGAAUCAGGAGGCAAAGGCGUUGACGUUAUUCUGGAUUGUGUUGGAGCAGCCUACCUUCAGCAAAACCUUGACAGCUUAAAUGUUGAUGGCAGGCUUUUUAUCAUUGGCUGCUUGAGUGGAUUUGUUGCAGAAAUAAAGAUCGGAACUAUCUUUGUAAAACGGCUAACAAUCCAAGCAUCUGCCUUGCGAACUAGAAAUCUAGAAGAGAAAGCAGCAAUUGUCAGUGAGGUGGAGAAGAAUGUCUGGCCUGCAAUCAUCUCAGGUAAGGUGAAGCCAGUGGUUUACAAACACUUCCCACUAGGAGAAGCAGCAGCAGCUCACCGGCUUAUGGAAAGUGGCAAGCACAUUGGGAAAAUACUGCUCAUUCCAUAAUAUGCUGUGAAUAAUCUUGCAGCUUAUUA